AUGAUGGAAAUUGUUCUUUCAAAGCUACCAGAGGCAUUUGACGCCUACAGCAGGCCAAUGGCUGUUGUUGGCUUUUCGCUGAUGGUUUCCGUUUUGCUGAUCCAGCUACGCACCUUGCUACCAGACUCUAUCAAGAAAAUGCUGGGAAUGCCUGUUAAGCCAGUGAAGAUUGCCGCUGCUCCUACUAAAUUCCAGGAACCUUUGCCUGAACCUACAAUUACUCCUGUUUCGUCCGAUUUCAACUGGGAAAAGACUGAACCUGUCCCAUACAGACCGUUCAAGAACGGAACCUACCACAUGACCAUGGCUAUUCAAAGAGCUGAUCCCAACGACUGGAUCGUUCUUGAGGAAACCUAUUUAAAAGCAACCAACCUGAAGAUCCAUCUCAUGAAAGAAAGAUCCAACGUGGUCAUGGGAUGCCACCCUAGUGCCGAAGAGAGUCUGAAAGAGUUCUACAGCUUCACCUUUGAUUUCCUGAUGAAAAGAUAUCCAAUGUAUUUCUACAAGACCGAAGAUGGAGCCAAAGUUUACAGCAAGAUCAGAGACGAAUCGUACCCGGCCGAUCCUACACCUCUGGAGCGUACCGAAGUGUUGAAGAUUCUGGGUAGAAAUAUCGAGGAGGAUUUCCUUAUCUUGAUGAAAAAUUGUGAGGAGGAGGAAUACAAAGACGAGUACGUUCUGAGAGGUUUCAUUUCCAGUUUCCCCGCCGGGUUCAAUCCUGGACCAAAGUUCAACAAACCGUUGACCAUUGUUCACACUCCUGUUCCAGAUUACAAGACCAGACUGCAGUCUUCGAUGAACAAGUUUUUCCUCAGAUUGCGCGUCAAUGAGUUCAUUGUCAGAAGAAACUGGAGUAUCCAGAUCCAUCCAAAUUUGUAUGCUCCAUCCGGGUCCCACGGUACCAAGAAAGUCCAUGUGGAGCCACCAGCUGCCGAGACUGUUGAUUUCAAUAAGGCGUUCUUGCGGGUCGAGAAACAGAGCUUUACUCGUUUACCAAAGACCAAGGCCAACGUCAUGUUAAUCCGUACCUACACCACUCCUUUGACCACGAUCAGAGCCGAGGGCCGUGGAGAAGAUCUUUGUGGAGCUAUUGAUGGAUUGGGCGACGAUUUGGCCGUCUACAAGAACAGAAUCUUUUGGGGAGAGGCUGUCAAGGCUUAUAUGAGAGGAGAAACCAACGGAGCCACCGACGAGGUGUACAAGUACGACAUUUAUGGGGAGCAGAUGAAGAGAGAUUUGCUAUAG